AUGAAGGAAGGGUUGUUUGGGGAAGGGUUCGCGAUACACAAAGGGGGAAAGGUGGAAGUGUGGAGAGACGCUCUAGUGGAAGCAGCCAAUUUAUCUGGAUGGGACACGAAGGCGAUAGACAAUGGCCAUGAAGCAGAAUGUGUAAAAGCAAUUAUAAAACACAUACAAGGCUCCUUGUAUCACAAAUACUCCACUCUUGAAGAGAAACUAAUAGGAAUCAUACCUCGAGUGGAGAAGGUGAACUCAUUACUAAGAAUGGAAUUGGGGGAAGUCCACAUGAUAGGCAUAUGGGGAAUGGGUGGUUCAGUUUUGGAUGUACUUGUAUCAAAUAAGGGAACCGAAGAAAUUCAAUCCAUAGUAGUGGAGGGUUUUCAUAGUGUAGAAUCUUUAAAUUUUACUCUUGCAUUCAAGAACAUGACGAAUCUUAGACUGCUUCAUUUGGAUACCAAAGGAAUGCAUUUCAUAGGACCUGAAUAUCUUCCAAAUUCAUUGCAAUAUCUUAAUUGGAAAAAAUACACAGCAAAUCCACUUCCAUCAAGUUUUGGAUCAGGGAAUCUUGUUGGAAUUCACAUGUAUUCCAGCAGUCUGGUAGAACUAUGGAAAGGAGUGAAGCAUCUACACAACCUGAAGUUCAUUGAUUGCCAAGAAUCAAAGAAACUUACCAAAACACCAAACUUCACAGGGAUCCCAAAUCUUGAAAGAUUAGAGCUUUCAGGUUGUAGCAGUUUGGUAAAGGUUCAUGAGUCAACCGGGUGUCUAGAAAAGCUAAAAAGUCUGGAUCUUAGUAAUUGCUAUGAACUUAAAUCUUGCCCUUCUUAUAUCAUGAUGAAAUCCCUUGAAACUAUCAGUCUCAGACACUGUAAUUACUUAAGAAAAUUCCCAAAAAUCCAAGGAAAGAUGGAUAGAUUAUCACAUAUCUAUUUACACCAUACAACAAUAGAACAACUUCCAGACUCAAUUCUGAACAUAACAAAUCUAUCUGUUCUUAGUCUUCUUGGAUGUAUCAACCUAACAAGUCUUCCAAAUACUAUUUCCAUGUUACAAAGCCUGACAUAUCUUGAUGUCAGACGUUGCAUAAAACUUGCAACAUUACCCAAAGAUCUUGGAAACAUAGCUUCUUUAGAGCAUCUUCUUGUUUCCACUGUUACUCAACUACCAUCUUCCAUCAUCAACCUUAAAAACCUCAAAACCUUCUCUGUUGUAGAACCACCAUCUUCCAUUCCUCAUAAAAAAAGGAUUCCUUGA